AUGUACUGGAAACAUGUAGCAUAUUUCAUGUGUUUAUUUGGAAUGAUCAAGAAAUUCCGUCCAGCUACCCCUUUUUUGACACCAUUCCUCAUUUCAUCAUAUAAAAAUUUCACCGAUGUUCAACUGUAUAGUCAAAUAUAUCCAUUAUGGACUUAUUCAUAUUUGAUCGCAUUGAUACCAACAUUUUUCCUUACUGAUAUAUUGCGACAUAAACCAAUUGUAGUUCUCGAAGCGAUGUCUUAUUGCGUUUCUCGUGCAAUCAUUCUUUGGGGUAAUAAAGUAUGGCAAAUGCAAUUAAUGGAAAUCAUUUCUGGACUAUCAGCAGCAUCCGAUAUUGCCUAUGUGUCCUAUAUGUAUGCAGUUGUUGAACAAAAGCAUUUCAAAUGUAUCACUUCAUAUGUGAAGACAGCUACAUUGUUUGGCAAAUUUUUAGCUUACGGAUCCGGUCAGCUGCUUAUUUCAACUCAUCUUAUUUCAUAUUUACAACUACAUGAGAUUUCAUUUGGUUCCGGUUGUAUUUCCUUACUAAUAGCUUGCUUACUUCCAUCAAUAUCACCCAAUAUGAUCAAGAAUAAAAAUUUAAGAGAAAUGGAAAAUUUCGACCAAACAAUCGAAAUACAUGACGAAGAAAGGGUAUCACUAAAUGCAAUAUCUGCAACAGUUCAUCCUGGGAUGAAGACUCAUCUUCAAGAUGCUUGGAAACAUUUAAUGGUUUUCAAAAGCAAAACAGCUGUAUUCAAAUGGUGCAUUUGGUGGGCAUUGGCCAGUUGUGGGACUUUUCAAGUUCAAAAUUACGUGCAAAAUUUGUGGGCUUUAUUACAACAAAAUGGUGAAGCAUACAAUGGUAUCACCGAGUGUGCAGCAACUUUGAUCGGAGCGAUCGUUUGUUUUUUCGUACAGUACAUGAAAAUUGAUUGGGUGAAAUGUGGCGAACUGAUAUUAUGGAUCAAUUCGAUGAUUAGCGCUAUAUUAUUGAUUGUAAUGUCUCAAACGAGCAGUGCUUUUAUUGCUUAUAUUCUUUACAUAGUUUUUGCUACCAUUUAUCAGUUACUUAUAACAGCAGCAAGUACUAAUAUUGCGAUAGAAUUGACAGCAGCAAAUUAUGGUUUAGUAUUUGGUUGCAACACUUUUGUUGCACUUCUGUUGCAAACAAUACUUACCCUAAUUGUUGUUGAUAAGCAUGGUUUGGCACUUGAUAUACGUACACAGUUCUUCAUUUAUGGCUGCUAUUUCGGUGCGGUAUCAGCAAUUUUCAUUUUUAUGUUAGUACAGAAGCUAAUCGGUAAAAUUUUCGUUACUGAAUUUACUCCUACGGAUCAAUCUCCUGAAAAAGAUACUCUGACAUAA